UGACGGGUAUGAUUCGGUGAAUUGGUCAGAAUGCAAUGGGCUCUUUUUUUUUUUGGUACUCGCUUUACAUGACGUGAUAGCGGAGCGUCGUAUAAACUACGUACUUGACUGCGCCAUGAAAUUGAAUGCGGAGGGCUGGGGGCUUGUAUUGGCACCAUGUCCAUGCGAUAUAAAAAUGGUUUCACGGUUGAGGCUUGAGGCGAUUGUUGUUCACACUUUGUGUUUUGUUUCCGCUAGUAGAAGCACGCGACUGUCUGCUGCAAGCAUUGGCCAAGUUGCAAGAGACUGCCAAACACCGACAAGAUGUGUUAUUAGGGUAUUUUCACAAAAACAUUUCAUAUAUGUUAAGACUAGGGCUGAAAUCUAAGUGCGUUUAUUUUUUAUUUUUUUCUCCCUCAAAAACCUCUGAUUGAAUUUCAGUAUGUGGUUAUUUUUGAAGGUCAUUUUAAAAUUUAUUAUUCAAUUAAUCUUCAUCACAACAGCUAUCAGAUCUAUUAUACUACAUAGGAUACAAAGUUAAAGGCAAAUGAAGCAUUACUAUAGAAGGCAGUUUAUCUCGACUACAAUUACAGGUAUCGAUUUACUAAAUACUUUUGACGGGUAGUCUUGUAAGCAUUCGGCACAACAGAAAUCUGUCACAAAGCGUGGUAUAAACAUACAUAAUUCCUUCACUACAAAAGGCUUUUGAUUGAGACACAACAGCUAAAUUGAUCCACGAAACACAUUUUUACAUAUAUUGGCCGCUUCUCAUUAAUAACCACAGGUGUGAUGGGAUAUUUGCAAAGAAAGAUUUCAGAUUUUUUUUUCAACUUUUUUUUUUUUAACCAUAACCAAACACAGCUAAUUACAUAGUAAUAUCCCAGAAACUUUCUCUGUCUGUUCAUUUUGUUGCAUGAGGAAAUUACAAAUUUAGACCAGGGUCAUGCUGCAGAGAGCUGUAUCAAUGGUGCUCGUUCCCUAUGCUCAUGACCUGACUUGAGAUGCUUAUUUUCGCUAAUGAUUGCCCCACACAGCCGCGUGUACCGCUACACAGAAAAACUUCUGCAUUCUCUCUCCUCAGGCACCCUACUCCCCCCUGUGCACUUCAACCACAACUCGCUGAUGCAGAUUCAAUACGCGGGUGGACUCGGACAGUUUAAUUGAACUGACGAGACUAUGGCUGCAUCUAUUGACGGCUUUGAGGCUCGUCGGUAAACAUUCGUGAACUGUAGGCUGUCCAAACCACAUCGUGACCUUCUGAAAACACAGACAGAUGAGCAAAAACCUGCUUGUUGGAUUGUAUGAGCACAGCGGUAGAGCAGAGCUCGACGACUCCCCCGGUGGACAUUGAGGAGGGGGGAGGAGGAAGAAGACCAGGCCGCUGCCCUAAAUAUCCAUAGUAUGGGCCAAAAAGUCCCGGGUGGUAUUAAAACUAUUGAUAUGAGAGAUCCGGCGUUCAGCCCCCUGAAGCUGGAGUUACAAGCCUUGAAUCACACCAAGCCUUCUCGACUGGACCUGCUGCUGGAUAUGCCGCCUGCCAGCGCAGACGUGCAGGUCCAGCAUUCGUGGAACAACGACGACCGCUCGCUCAACAUCUUUGUUAAGGACGAUAACAAACUAGUUUUCCACAGGCACCCUGUGGCGCAAAGCACGGAUGCCAUUCGCGGCCGCGUUGGCUAUACACGGGGACUGCAUGUGUGGGAAAUCAUUUGGGCCAUGCGUCAGAGGGGCACGCACGCCGUGGUGGGUGUGGCAACGAGCGACGCUCCGCUGCACUCUGUGGGCUACACGGCGCUGGUGGGAAGCAACAGCGAGUCUUGGGGUUGGGACUUGUGCAGAAGUAAACUGUACCAUGACAGCAAUCACUCUGGAAAAACGUACCCGUCAUUCCUGGAGCCAGAUGACACGUUCAUCAUACCAGACUCCCUCUUAGUCGUUUUGGACAUGGACGAAGGGACUCUGGGUUACAUUGUGGAUGGCCAUUACCUUGGGGUGGCCUUCCGUGGACUGAAAGGCCGCAAGCUCUACCCAGUGGUGAGCGCCGUGUGGGGACACUGUGAAAUACGAAUGCGGUACAUAAACGGACUUGACCCUGAACCUCUGUCCCUGAUGGACCUGUGUCGGCGCUCUGUGCGGGUGGCUCUAGGGAGAGAACGUCUGAGUGAAAUUCAAAGGCUGCCCUUGCCAGCUUUUCUCAAGAACUACCUGCUCUACCAAUGACGGCACGUUCAAGUUCAAGUGUACACUCCUCCCCUUCUCUCUGGCUCCUUUCUCUCUUGUGCUUCUCUGGGAUCUUCCUUUGGUCAAACUUGUUUGACAGCAUUUCUGAAGCCUGUGGGACAGACUUGGGCUCAUUGAUGUUUCAACAAGUAUGCUUUUGUGAUAGUGGAUGGACUCAUUUUUGAGGUUCUUAUUCUGUUUUAAUGACUUCUCCAAUUCUAUUCUUAACUUAAAAGAAAUCAGGAAUCACUGAACUCUAUGCAUAUGCUGAUGGGCGGGGAUAUGCCUCGACAGUCAAGCCAAUAGUGGUCAGUAUCUCAUGUAAAACUCAAAACUCUGUACUGGUAAUAUUUUAAUAUUUUGAUUGCAAUGAAAUAAAAUGUCACUGAUUAUGCCAUGUUGCACAAUAGCCACAAGAUGGCAGCAUUGACGCGCGUCAUGGAAGCAUGAGCAUGACGAGCUCCAGCUCACCGACAUCCUUGAGAAUAAGCUAUUUAAAGAUGGAGGGAAGCUAUCUUUUGUUUUAAAUGAUUUUUAAAUAGACGCGGGCUUUUUUUUUGCAAUUGAGCUGAGAUGCUGACCACUACAGCGAGAGUAGCUACACUUUGACCCGUAAUUUCCUGCUCACACUCAAGGCAUCUGACAGAACUAACUACAUCAGCAGAAAUCCUCUGAAAUAUGUCACUGUGACCAUUCAUAGCAUGCAUCUGCAAGAAAUAUUUCUUUUUGUGAUUGCAUUGUUUUUUUAAACUAUUUUUUUCUUAGUGCCAUUUUGACUUGUGUUGUUCCCACAGCAAACGUCACUGCUGAGCACACAAAGUAUAAACCAGCUCGUUGAGAUGUGUGAAUGGAACCGGAACAUAACGGGGCAAGUGUUUUGCGAAGGGGAAAAGCAGAUUUUGUUUUGUGCAUCAACACAACUGUACAUUUACAGCGCCACGAGCGACAAAGCAGAACGACAAUCCACAAAAUGCUGCUCUGUCAUGCAAGUAAAGUCCCCUGUUGCCAACCUUGUCAAAUGACAAAUAGUACUAUCAUAUCAGACCGUAUUCUGGUAUUUCUCAACAUGCAUCUCCGUGAUCUUUAGUCAGCACUCCAUGUGACACAACUGUCUUGACCUUACUGCUUGCAUAUUUGUUUUAUGUAGAUGUUUGUAUCUAUUAAAGAUUAUUUCCGGUUGA